AAUUUUUAUUAAUUAAAUCUUUAAAUUAUAAUUAUUAUUAAUUUGCGAAAAAAACUUUCACGAGGAAACUAAAAUUAUUAAAAAAUUAAAAUGCAAAAUCCGAUUCCUCCUCACCUAGUUAAACUCAACCCUCCAAUCCUAAUCAAACUCAAUGAUAAAUUUCUACAAAAAUAAUAACUGUAGCCUGAAAAAGAUGAAGUGGAUUUUAAUAUGAGUAAAAAUUACAAUAGCUAGUAUUUCUAAAGAAAAGGCUUAAAGAGCAGACCUCCUAGUAUUUCAUCUCCACUCUCGUUUAGUAUGCAGUAGUAUGCAACCUCUCCUAUCAUAAAAAAUUCUUCUACACAUAGUUAGGGUUAAAAAAAAUUAAGAGAACCUAUUGAUUUUAGCAGCUAAUAAAAUAUUUUAUAUUAUGAUACAUAAUAAUUGAAUACACAAGCCUACUAGUAUGAGACCGAUAAAUCUGCAUUUGAAGAAAAAUACAAAAUAAAUUAAAAUUCUAAUCACCACCAAUUAUUAUAAAAUAAAAAUUCUGCUCCUGGAUUUUUAUAAACACCAUAAAAAAGAGGAGUUUUACUCUUAUCUAGUGUCUAAAAAAAAAGAGGACUUAAUAAAAUUGAUGAAGAAAGUGAUUAAUAAUAUACUGAUUAUGAAUUCGAGAGCGAAAAUUAUCUUUAUCCAAUAUAAAAAAAACAAGAUUAUUAAAAUUUAGAAGAAUAGUUUAAAUACCAAAUAUUCGAUGAUUAAUAAAAGAAAAAGUUUUUAGAAUACAUAAAAAAUCAAGAUACUUAGAGUUUAGAAAAACUAUUUAAAGAAAGGAUGGAGUCCAUUUUAAAAUGUUAUAAUUAAUAGAUAGAUUAAUUUUAAGAAAACUAACAGCGAUAUAAAAAAUAAAAUAACAAGAUAAAGAAGUUAGAAUAAUAAAUUCAUUAAAUGGAUUCACUGAUUAAAAAAUAAAAAUUUAAGAUAGACAUUCUUUAGAAUCAAUUGUAUUAAGAAAGAUAAUCUUAAUUAACUAAGUCUUAUUCUUCGUCUACUUUUUAUGUGAAUAAGAUUUAAUCAGGAGAAUUCAUAAAAUCGAAAGAUAAUUUAGAGAUACAAAAUAUAUGA